AUAACUCAGUUAUUUGUGUACCGAUUAAUCAGCUGUUUUUUCAGUUUUAAUCUCUUAUUGGUUUGUUUUGAUUUUCCUGACAAAUUUGUGUUAUUAUGUUGAAGAGCAGUAAUAUAAAUAGUGUUCUCAAUGAGCUUCCCGAGCAGUCAGCUAGGGAUACCACAUCUCAGUCAUCGCCCAAUGGAAACCCAAAAAAAGAUGCGGAAACCUGUUGCUCCUCCGAGGAUCAGGAUGUUAUGGGCAGUCUAGCGGCUUUGCAACUGUCUGCUGGCGUCCUGCAAAUAGCAGAGCCACCACUGGAACACGUGCGUGCCCAGCUCAGGGAACUAAUAGGAAGGCAAAAUAAAAUAUACAUUGACUUGUCCAAGGAAAAAUACAAACUGGACUGUAGUGAAGUGGCCAGACUGAAUGAUAUAAUGAGCGAUGUAAAGCGGUACAAAGAAAAAUUGACAAAGGUCAAGAAGGAAAUGCAGGGCGUCUACCAGCGAACCAAAGAGUUGAAGAAACGCGCCGCAAACGUGGCUGCCUGCAAGCAACGCGACUACCAGCGAAAACUCGAGAGGCUACAGCACGAAGAGUCGCUCAUUGGCAGCCAGUAGAAGCAGUGGAUCAUUUACCACCUAACCUGGUGGAUCUGGGAUUUUACAAGCUCUACACCCCUGUAAAGGUGCAUUUACAUUGGGAUUUCCGUUAACAACUAGCUAACUACUUAACACAUAUAACAGUUGAACAAAAGUUAAACCAUUUGGAUACAUAAUAAUAAUCAUAAUAAUAAUUGUAUAUGUAUAUAAGAGCUGGCUAUCAUGUGCCUGCGAUAAGUCGGAAAACAUUAUAUUGUAUAUUGUGUAUAGUUUUAAGUAAAUACUUAAGAGAUUUCGCAAAAAAAAAAACCGCAUGCACCCGGAGUAGGGGAAGCCAAUGACUACGAUACUCUUAGCUACAAAUAUUAUUUAUAAAUAUACAAAUAUGUUUAACAUUAA